AGGUGCUGGACCAGGUCCUAGGUGGAUCGAUCCCUGCUGGUCCGCAAUGUGGGGUGCUGCAGGGUUUUCUGGCGUGGCCCCCAGAAACUAUCACCAGCGCCUUCAGCCUCGGUGCACAGGCAGAGCCACCUGAAGGCCAGCACUGAGGCAGCACUGUUCCAGGGGCUUGACAUCAGUAUCGAUGUUUAAGUUUUAGCUCUUGCUUACAAAGACCACAAGAAUUCCGGCUCUGAAGCCCAGCAGCCCCACAGAGCCCUAGAAGCCCCAGCCUGCCUCCUACUGCCCAGCUGCCAGCAAUGCCCUCCAGCGGUCCCGGGGACACCAGCAGCUCCACUUUGGAGCGGGAGGAUGAUCGAAAGGAAGGAGAGGAACAGGAGGAGAGUCGUGGCAAGGAAGAGCGCCAGGAACCCAGCACCACGGCCCGGAAGGUGGGGAGGCCUGGCCGGAAGCGCAAACACCCACCGGUGGAAAGUAGUGACACACCCAAGGACUCUGCCGUGACUAGCAAGUCUCAGCCCAUGGCCCAGGACUCUGGCUCCUCAGAUCUGUUACCCAAUGGAGACUUGGAAAAGCGGAGUGAACCCCAACCUGAGGAGGGGAGCCCAGCUGCAGGGCAGAAGGGUGGGGCCCCUGCUGAAGGAGAGGGAACUGAGACCCCACCAGAAUCUUCCCGAGCCGUGGAAAAUGGCUGCUGCACAACCAAGGAGGGCCGGGGAGCCUCUGCCGAAGAGGGCAAAGAACAGAAGCAGACCAACAUUGAAUCCAUGAAAAUGGAGGGCUCCCGGGGCAGACUGCGGGGUGGCUUGGGCUGGGAGUCCAGUCUCCGUCAGCGGCCAAUGCCAAGACUCACCUUCCAGGCAGGGGACCCCUACUACAUCAGCAAACGGAAACGGGACGAGUGGCUGGCACGUUGGAAAAGGGAGGCUGAGAAGAAAGCCAAGGUAAUUGCAGUAAUGAAUGCUGUGGAGGAAAACCAGGCCUCUGGAGAGCCUCAGAAGGUAGAGGAGGCCAGCCCUCCUGCUGUGCAGCAGCCCACCGACCCUGCAUCCCCUACUGUGGCCACCACUCCUGAGCCAGUGGGGGCUGAUGCUGGGGACAAGAAUGCCACCAAAGCAGCUGAUGAUGAGCCUGAGUAUGAGGAUGGCCGGGGCUUUGGCAUCGGAGAGUUGGUGUGGGGGAAACUUCGAGGCUUCUCCUGGUGGCCAGGCCGAAUUGUGUCUUGGUGGAUGACAGGCCGGAGCCGAGCCGCGGAAGGCACUCGCUGGGUCAUGUGGUUUGGAGAUGGCAAGUUCUCAGUGGUGUGUGUCGAGAAACUCAUGCCACUGAGCUCCUUCUGCAGUGCGUUCCACCAGGCCACCUACAAUAAGCAGCCCAUGUACCGCAAAGCUAUCUACGAAGUUCUCCAGGUGGCCAGCAGCCGUGCUGGGAAGCUGUUUCCAGCUUGCCAUGACAGUGACGAAAGUGACACUGGCAAGGCUGUGGAGGUGCAGAACAAGCAGAUGAUUGAAUGGGCCCUUGGAGGGUUCCAGCCCUCUGGUCCCAAGGGCCUGGAGCCACCAGAAGAGGAGAAGAAUCCAUACAAGGAAGUUUACACAGACAUGUGGGUUGAGCCCGAGGCAGCUGCAUAUGCUCCACCCCCACCAGCCAAGAAACCCAGAAAGAGCACAACAGAAAAGCCUAAGGUCAAGGAGAUCAUUGAUGAACGCACAAGAGAGCGGCUGGUGUAUGAGGUGCGUCAGAAGUGCCGGAACAUCGAGGACAUUUGUAUCUCAUGUGGAAGCCUCAAUGUCACCCUGGAGCACCCACUCUUCAUUGGUGGAAUGUGCCAGAACUGUAAGAACUGCUUCUUGGAGUGCGCGUACCAGUACGACGAUGACGGGUACCAGUCCUACUGCACCAUCUGCUGUGGGGGGCGUGAGGUGCUCAUGUGUGGCAACAACAACUGUUGCAGGUGCUUUUGUGUCGAGUGUGUGGAUCUCUUGGUGGGGCCAGGAGCUGCCCAAGCGGCCAUUAAGGAAGACCCCUGGAACUGCUACAUGUGUGGCCACAAGGGCACCUAUGGGCUGCUGCGGAGACGGGAAGACUGGCCUUCCAGGCUCCAGAUGUUCUUUGCCAAUAACCAUGACCAGGAAUUUGACCCCCCGAAGGUUUACCCACCUGUUCCAGCUGAGAAGAGGAAGCCCAUCCGGGUGCUGUCUCUCUUUGAUGGAAUUGCUACAGGGCUCCUGGUGCUGAAGGACCUGGGCAUCCAAGUGGACCGCUACAUUGCCUCAGAGGUGUGUGAGGACUCCAUCACGGUGGGCAUGGUGCGGCACCAGGGAAAGAUCAUGUACGUCGGGGACGUCCGCAGCGUCACACAGAAGCAUAUCCAGGAGUGGGGCCCAUUCGAUCUGGUGAUUGGGGGCAGUCCCUGCAAUGACCUCUCCAUCGUCAACCCUGCCCGAAAGGGACUUUACGAGGGUACUGGCCGGCUCUUCUUUGAGUUCUACCGCCUCCUGCAUGAUGCUCGACCUAAGGAGGGAGAUGACCGCCCCUUCUUCUGGCUCUUUGAGAAUGUGGUGGCCAUGGGCGUUAGUGACAAGAGGGACAUCUCACGAUUUCUUGAGUCCAACCCCGUGAUGAUUGACGCCAAAGAAGUGUCUGCUGCACACAGGGCCCGUUACUUCUGGGGUAACCUUCCUGGCAUGAACAGGCCAUUGGCAUCCACUGUGAAUGAUAAGCUGGAGCUGCAAGAGUGUCUGGAACAUGGCAGAAUAGCCAAGUUCAGCAAAGUAAGGACCAUCACCACCAGGUCAAAUUCCAUAAAGCAAGGCAAAGACCAGCAUUUCCCCGUCUUCAUGAACGAGAAGGAGGACAUCCUCUGGUGCACUGAAAUGGAAAGGGUGUUUGGCUUCCCUGUCCACUACACAGACGUCUCAAACAUGAGCCGCUUGGCGAGGCAGAGACUGCUGGGCCGAUCGUGGAGCGUGCCAGUCAUCCGCCACCUCUUCGCUCCGCUGAAGGAAUAUUUUGCUUGUGUGUAAGGGACAUGGGGGCAAACUGAAGUAAUGAUGAUAACAAAGUUAAACAAACAAACAAAACACAAAACAUAAUAAAACACCAAGAACGAGAGGACGGAGAGAAGUAUCAGCACCCAGAAGAGAAAAGGAAUUUAAAACAAACCACAGAGGAGGAAAUGCCGGAGGGCGUGGCCUUGCAAAAGGGUUGGACAUCAUCUCCUGAGUUUUCAAUGUUAAUCUUCAGUCCUAUUUAAAAAGCAAAAUAGGCCCCUCCCCUUCUUCCCCUCCUCUUCCUAGGAGGUGAACCUUUUGUUUUCUACUCUUUUUCAGAGGGGUUUUCUGUUUGUUUGGGUUUUUGUUUCUUGCUGUGACUGACAAACAAGAGGGUUAUAGCAGCAAAAUCAGUAACAACAGAAAGUAGUAAUACCUUGGACAGGAAAGGGAGAGAGGGAAAAUUCUAUAAAAAUUUAUAUAUUUUUUUUUGUUUUUUAUUCUAUAUUUCUCUUUGGUUGUCUCUAGCCUGAUCAGAUAGGAGCACAAACAAGAACAGAGUAGAGACCCUCGGGAGGCAGAGCCCCUCCCAGCCCUGAGCAGUCUCAACAGCACCAUUCCUGGUCAUGCAAAACAGAACCCAACUAGCAGCAGGGCGCUGAGAACACCACACCAGACCGACCUUUUCUACAGUAUUUCAGGUGCCUACCAUAUAGGAAACCUUGAAGAAAACCAGUUUCUAGAAGCCGCUGUUACCUCUUGUUUACAGUUUAUAUAUAUAUGAUAGCUAUGAGAUAUAUAUAUAAAGGUACUGUUAACUACUGUACAACCCGACUUCAUAAUGGUGCUUCCAACAGCGAGAUGAGUAAAAACAUCAGCUUCCGCCUGGCCUUCUGUGCAAAGGGUUUCCGCCAGGCCUGGGGGAGGGAGGCAGCUCGAGGGCUCACCAUCUGAGGGAGAGGGGCCAGUUUCCCUCUUGGUUUUUAACAAACCCAAGGAGGAACCAUAUCCCCCGCCCCAUGCCCAGCUUCUCCCUGUCCAAAAGGGGGUCAAGCUGAGGCGUUCGGACCUGGGGAAGCUGAGUGUGGACUUUAUCCAGACUCGUGCAAUAAUUACCUUUGAAUAUAAUCUAAAAUGACUGCCUUGGUGAGAUGGCAUGAGAAAACUUUCCCCUGAUUUUGAAUUUGUCAGCCACAUUGAAGGCUCCUCGUGGGAUCAGAAAGAAUCCAGAGUGAGGGAAAGUGAUCUGCCAUUAACCCCACCUAGAGCAAAUAAAAAAACAUACAAAAUGUACUGGUGCUUUCUGUCUAAGUUGCCUUUUGUGUGUUCUUUUAUGAGGCCCCCCCAUCAUCCCCUCUGCACAAGGCAGCUCUGGUCCUGGAAUGUGAUGUUUUUGGUCAUCUCUACAGACUGCAGUUUCAUACUUGGAAGGCUGAUGACACCUUUAUUAUAAUUAUUCUUACGGUUCUGGUUAUAAUUGUUUGUUUUGAGAUUUUCUUUGAGAAAACAAAAACCCAACACCCUUCCCUUUAGGUUUCAAACCAAGGUGCAGGGGGGUGGGGGUGGCCGGUGCUUUUAAGGAUCAGUGGCUCUGGUGCCCUGGCUCCCACCCCUCGGGCCAGGUGGGCCACUGGGCAGUACAGCAACACGCUAGGCGGCCAGGGAGUUCUGAGGCCCACCCUCCGGGCCAGUUGCUCUUCUCUCUUCUUCUUCCCCUCCUCGUGAGUCCGGUGUGUCAGGGCCGGAGGGAGGCCAGGGCAGCCUCUCUCCUCGUGUGUGUGGUUGGAAUGGCGUGUGUUUCUUUUCUAGUGUUUGGUCUGCUAGCUGCGCUCUCACCUUGAGUCAGUGUCACCUGGGGCCUGUGUGCUCGCACUUUGUUCCAUUUCCUACCCAGGGUAGGUAGCCUGGUGUUGGCAGUGGGAAGGGAAGGUGGUGUUGGCCCCAGGGUGAGCGCCCAAUGGGCAGAGCUUGCCUGGAUGGAUGGAGUGUAGAUAUGUGGCAUAUAGAGAUAUAUAUUUUAUAAUGGGAGGGGGGACGGCACCUCCUGGGACCAGCAGGGGCUGGGAGGUGUGCUGUCAAGCACAUGGUCCCAAGACCGCAUCCCUAGAAAGAUGGGGCCUAUGAUAGGCCCUAUAUAAAUACAUAGAUAGGGUCAUGUAUAAGAAGUAUACACAGUGGGGGUUGGAGGGAAUGGGCUCUGUGUUGAGCCUGGGUCCCUCCCACAGACAGCCCCACACCAGUCAGUCAGUCUAACACAUGCACAGGAACCUGUUUCUGUCUGGAUGCACACCAGGGAGCUCCCGGCACACUUCUCCCUAGGAUCAGGACACUGGAGUUGGCCCGUUCAGCUCUUACACCUCUGUUGCCCUGAUGACAGGUAGACUCGAUCCCGAAGUUGCUAGGUGCUGAAGUCAGGAAGAGGAGGUUUGAUCCAAGCAGGUGCUUCCUCUAGCAGGUCUGUGUUCUAUCCCUUUUGCUCCUGGUGAUGUCAAAGAUUCCUUCUGUUAGCCUGUGGUUACUGACCUGCAACUCUAGGCACCAGUCAAGUCAGCCUUUAACUCCCCCUACCUAUUCUCCCCAACCAAAAUAAAAUUGAAAUCUGUCUUGGCCACUGGGCUUCCAUUGGGAAAAGAAAAAAAAAAAUUAAAAUGGGACUGGGAACUUCACCUUUGGAGUAAAGUAAAUUAGUAAUUAGUGAUAAAACCAAACAAAGGCUUUGGCUUCCUUGCUCACUGCUCAGGAGUAAGCCCAGCCGGUGGCUCGUUACACCUCUUGGGCUGUGUAGUCCUGCCCACCUCUGCUCAUUUUCUCUGGAUAGAUUUUUAAGAUUCCUGCUAGUUCUCCCUGCUGUGGCUGUGGGGCUGGAGCAUCCGAGAUGGGGAUGCUUGCCCCCUUGGAGUCCCUGUGUUAAAUGUGAUGUCCUUCCUUGCUCCAGCAGGGCUCCAUUCUGACCUGGAGUCCACCAGCACCGUGCAGGAGGACUGGGGGGGAGGAGGGCUGCCUUAGGCAGUCCAGGGUGCUCCCUCCCCCUCUAGCCAAUGCCAAGGUCUUCCCAGCUCUUACUAUCAGGACUGUCUUCAAGGGCCUUUGCCUUCCACUGAUGCCUACUGCUCAUGUGAAGAAGAUAGCCUUUCCCAGUAGCCCAGCAACACCUUAGCUGGGCCUGGUGCUCCCCAGUCCCUGAGCUUAGUGUGAGGGCUAAGGAAGGAUGUGGCAUUCCCAAAGAACAGAGUAGAGGCUUCCAGGUUGACUGAUACUGGCCUGACAAGUUCCCUAGAAUGGAUUCCUCAUGGGGCAUCUGGUGAUUUUCACCAGCUUUCCUUCCAGCCCCGUGUGUGGGCUUGCUCUUACUCUAGUAUGUAGGCACCAGUCACGUCAGCCAUCGACCACCCCCUUCUCUCUUUUUAGGGUCUUUGGGAAUGUGCCAGCUUGGCAAAACUGUGAUUCCCUUCCUCCACCUCUAUCUUAAGUGGGGUUUCUGGAGUUAACCUCCAAAGGAGAGCUGCUAGGAUGCUGGGGUAGUUGAGGUGGGGUUGUGGGAAGUUUGUCUAGUGCACCCCACACUGUAGAAGGUGCUGAGGCUAGAGUCAGGUCCUGGGAGGAUCCCCAAAGGGGGUUCCUUGUGGGGUUUCCUUUCCAAAGAAAAGGCUUGUUUCCCCUGGAAACUAAGGUGCUAGGGACUGAGUGACAGCCUCCCUUCUGCAGGUGCCAUGUGAAGCCUCGUGCCAAAGAUCUGUGGCCCUUGCCCAGGGGAGGUAGCCGGUGCUAGCGCCAGGGUCACGAAACCAAGGCCUCCUGGGGAGGCACACAUGCCAGCGGGGUCCCAAGCUGGUGCUAAUUCCUCCCCGUAGGACCCAGUAAGCCUGGGAGCCUGCAGUAGGCUGUUUCUCUGCUGUCAGAUGCCCUGUAAGAAAGCAAAAAUCCCCAAAAGAGCCUCCUGGACCUCUUCACUUUGGCAGCAGGUAGAGAGAUUGCAAGUAAAGAUCCCUGUGGCUUUUGGUAAAUGGCGUGUGGAUUCAUGUAGCAAGGCAGGCCAAUGCUGAAAGGGAGUACCAGCCCCGACAGCGUCUCUGCUCCAGGGAUGCUCUGUUGUGGUCGCCACGUGCUGUGUCCAGGGUAAAGCAUCUGGUUUAGGAGUUGGGGGGAGUUAAGCCGAGCCACUUUGAAAGAAUGUGCGUACAGGAAAACUGCAGAUUGUUGGUUUCUAUAUUUCUUACUACACCGUAUGUCCAGAGAGUAGAAGUGAAUCCCCAGCCCUGUUCAGAUGCAUGCAAAGCUUUUUAUGGCACUACAGGGUCUUCAGGAACUGUCACUGUAGGAGCCCUGGCUAUGGCCCAGGGCCACGUGACCAGCCCAGCUGAGUUUCCAAGCAGGCCCGUGUUUAGGUCUGAGUCUAGCACUUGACUGCUCGAAAUGCUUGUGAUGAGGUGGUGGCACUGGGUUGUCCCACUUGGCAAGGAACAGCUGAAGCCUCUCACCCACCCUGCUAUGAUGGCAAAGGUGUUGCUGAGUGAUGAGGUUGAGUUAAGAUGACCCUUUUGACCCUCUCCCAUCCAGUGUCACACAAAGGAACAAGCAGUGCUGGGUUGGGGACCCUAAGGAAAGGGCUGCUGAGGGUCAUUGUGAGCUCGUGCAUGUUUGUGGUAAGAAAGCUGAGGUCUUUGGGAAAUAAGGUUCUUGUAUGAAGGGUUCCAAGACCCAGUGUUGGGGGGGGGGGGGUGUUUGCUUGGAGACAAGUCUCCAGCCCCAGGCACUGGAGUUUUAUCAUUGAGAUCAAGAAGCGGGCCCAGAGGGAGAAACGUGGAAGGCCCUUAGCUGCUGGGGACUUGGCAGCUUCUCUAGGGGACCCCAGAAACUGCAGGAACUGGCUCCCCUUUUGGAAUGAGCUCUAUUUGUGGGCCCAUAGAGUGUUCCUCCUAAACCUUGCCCGGCACCUGAGCCUGAGGACAUGAGCAGUGGCUAAAGUCUCACCUAGUCCCAUUUUACAGACUAAUUUGAUUGCCCAGCCCUAGAAUUCUAUAGAAACAACAACAACAAAAGCUGAAAUUCCUUAGAAUAUGCAGAGGGGAGGAGGUGACUCAACAAGGUGCUAAACACAUUUUAUUAAAAAUAUAUAUUGUUAAAUUAAGUCUGCUGUCUGGACAAUGAUGUUUUGUUUUGUUUUCUUGUAGUGGAGUUUAAAAGAGACUAUUAUUUUACUCUGAUAUAUUAUUAUUAAAAAGGCAUUUUAACUUUGUACUUGAAAACUAAGUGAGCGAUUUCACGUGUUUUAGCUGAGGCAUCGAAGUAGCGGGUGCUUUCUCGUGGGAAGUCAUGUAUUCAUACUGCAAAGUAAACUCCGUAGCUGAUUUGGUAAUAACGUUUACUGUUACAGGCGAUUUCACUUUGACCCCGGUGGCUUUUACUCCACAUUCCACGCAGCUAAAUGCAGGACCUUCCAGAUUCUUCCUCCCUUGGCCCUCUUUCUUUUUGGUUCCUCUUCCUCUCUUUGCCUAUUUUUUUUUUUUUAUUGUCGUUUGUUUUUUCCUGGUCCCAGCAUCCUUCUACACUGUAUUUUUGUUAGGGUUGCUUCCUCUAUUUAUUGACAAUAAUAAUGUACAUUUCACAGUCUGGUUCUGGGACAGCCAGGAAGGGUGUGGGGGCUUCACGAAGCCUGCAGUACCAUCCGGCGUCCCGUUGUAUCUCUGUGUACGUGAUGCUUGUGACAUAGCUGUUGAUGAAAUAAUUAAAAAGGUCAAUACGUACAGCAGAUGUAGAAAGUCUGUCAGUUCCGCUUUCAUCACAUUUUUUUUUGUGCCCAGAAGAAUAUAAUAAAGCUCCUUUCUGAUGUACUUGUGCUGGAGAACACUUGAAUAAAUGGACUGUUUUGUGCAAAAAGAAAAAUG